GGUUCAUCAUAGGCCCAGUCGAACAACAACCAGAACCAGGGUUAUGGUCGUCAGCAACAGCAAUAUGGUGGUCAACAAAACCAGUAUGGCCAGCAGCAGCAAUAUGGACAACAAAAUCAGUAUGGUCAACAGCAGCAAUAUGGUCAGCAGCAGCAAUACGGCCAGCAGAACCAGUAUGGCCAGCAGGGCCAGUACGGUCAGCAAAAUCAAUUUGCUCAACAGAGCCAGUAUUCUCAGCAGCCUGCCCAGUACGGUGGUCGCCAGCAGCCAGCUUCGCCCACUAGGAUCGAGAUGUCUGCUGUCCCCUCAAGCAAUAACACCGGCAGCGACAUGGGCGCCUUCUUCAGCGAGGUUACCUCGAUUCAAGAGGAUAUUACUAAGAUUGAGCAGAAUAUCACGAAGAUUGAGGAGCUUCAUGAUGUCUCGCUCAAUGGUGUUGCCACCGAGGAGCAGUCCUCGCGCACGAACCGACAAUUGGAGGGCAUUACCGCGGACACGACCCAGUUGUCGAACCGCACCAAGAAGAGAAUCAAGGAUAUUGAGCUGGCCAACCUCCGCCUGGCCAACUCCUCAGACAUUCAGAUCCGCCGGACCCAAGCUGCAGCCUUGAAGGAGAAGUUCUUGAAGACCCUUCGCCGCUACCAGUCUUCGGAAAGCGAGGCCAGAAAGAAGUAUCAGGGCCGCAUGGAGAGACAGUAUAAGAUUGUCAAGCCUGAUGCCACCCCACAAGAGAUUGCCCAAGUCAUGGAGAGCGACAACCAACAGAUCUUUGCUCAAUCGGUUCUUCAAAGCACCCGUUAUGGCGAUGCCAACAGAGCUCUUCGCGAGGUUCAGAGUCGCCACGAUGAUAUCAAGAAGAUUGAAAAGACCAUCCUGGAACUGCACCAGUUGUUCAUUGACAUGGAAACUCUGGUCACAGAGCAGGCUGAGGUGCUUAACACGAUCGAGGAACACACUCAACAGACGGACCAGCACCUGGAAGUCGGCAACAAGGAAGUCGACGUUGCGAUCGUCAACGCCCGCGGUGCCAGGAAGAAGAAGUGGAUCUGCUUGUGCAUCUCUAUCGUUCUUCUUAUCAUCAUCGUCAUCAUCGUCAUGGUCCAGGUAUGAGCGGGCUCUUCAUUCGGUGAU